GGGGCGCGCACGCAAAGCCCGGAGGCGCGCGCGGGACCGGCGGCUCUUUGGCGCGGAAUAGGGGAACGCGGCGAGGGAAUUAUCAAGUUUUGGUGUAUGUGUUGGCUGGUUCUGAAGUCUUGAAGCUCUGCACUGAGGAAGAGCAAAGCAGCACUUGUUGCCAAUUAGGGAAUGGACCGUUUGGGUUCCUUUAGCAAUGAUCCCUCUGAUAAGCCACCUUGCCGAGGCUGCUCCUCCUACCUCAUGGAGCCUUAUAUCAAGUGUGCUGAAUGUGGGCCACCUCCUUUUUUCCUCUGCUUGCAGUGUUUCACUCGAGGGUUUGAGUACAAGAAACAUCAAAGCGAUCAUACUUAUGAAAUAAUGACCUCAGAUUUUCCUGUCCUUGACCCCAGCUGGACUGCUCAAGAAGAAAUGGCCCUUUUAGAAGCUGUGAUGGACUGUGGCUUUGGAAAUUGGCAGGAUGUAGCCAAUCAAAUGUGCACCAAGACCAAGGAGGAGUGUGAGAAACACUAUAUGAAGCAUUUCAUCAAUAACCCUCUGUUUGCGUCUACCCUGCUGAACCUGAAACAAGCAGAGGAAGCAAAAACUGCUGACACAGCCAUUCCAUUUCACUCUACAGAUGACCCUCCCCGACCUACCUUUGACUCCUUGCUUUCUCGGGACAUGGCCGGGUACAUGCCAGCUCGAGCAGAUUUCAUUGAGGAAUUUGACAAUUAUGCAGAAUGGGACUUGAGAGACAUUGAUUUUGUUGAAGAUGACUCGGACAUUUUACAUGCUCUGAAGAUGGCUGUGGUCGAUAUCUAUCAUUCCAGGUUAAAGGAGAGACAAAGAAGAAAAAAAAUUAUAAGAGACCAUGGAUUAAUCAACCUUAGAAAGUUUCAGUUAAUGGAACGGCGGUAUCCCAAGGAAGUCCAGGACCUUUAUGAAACAAUGAGGCGAUUUGCAAGAAUUGUGGGGCCAGUGGAACAUGACAAAUUCAUUGAAAGCCAUGCAUUGGCAUUUGAACUCUGAAAAGCUGAUGGGAAAUCGGUAGAUUUCAUGAGAAAAAUGAAAUGGUUGAAAAUAGUAGUAGAAAAUAAGACAAGUUUUAAAUGACUGGAUUUUAGAAAGUAGCGUCAUUAUUUCUUUGGUAAACCCAACUUGGCAAAGAUAUAUAGCAUUGCAUCCUUCCUUUUUUCUUCUAGACAGGGUUGGCCAUAAACCAACAACACUGACAGGUCUCUCCUAGUCCAGAUUGUCUCAAAAAGAGUUUACCCUGAAACUCAAUGACAUGAAUAAGACCUAUUUCCUGAAAUUUUUAUUGCAACUUAAAGGUUUCUGCUGGAGUUUUAUGCAUAUUUUUCUAAGUGGUGGAAAAUAAAGAACAAAUCUCUUUCCAUGUAA